ACCCUGCACGUGCGAGUGAAAGAAGUGGAGCGACUGUGCCAUUAUCAGGAGGCUGCGAGUAGCGCCGGUCUGUUCUGACAUUGCUUGGCGGAGAAACUGGGUGAAGAUGGCGCCACGACUCGUGCUGUGUGUCUUCUUCGUGAGUGUAGGCAGCCUUGUGAUGUCUCAGGAUAUGAGAGAGUGCCAGAUGAAGGUGGCGAAGUGCCAGAUGCUGUUGCAGCCCCUGUCCGACGCAGCGAACGCCGACCCUUGCUCUGCCAAGACGCCAGUGGAUCCAUGCGCAAUAUCCUCUAAAGCUGUUGACUGUCUGCGAGAUAAUCUGUCAUCGUGCAUGGCAUCAACGAGGUAAAGAAUCUUGUCAACACCCUCACCGCCACCAGGGACCAGUCAUGUUCUCCAGACUAUGUGUGUCAGCAGAAAGCGUCACUGUGCACUUGUCAUUUGAGAAAAGUCCAGCCCACGGGCGGGGAUAUGAACGCAGAGACUAUAUCGGUCAUGUGCGCCGCCUUCAAUGACUUCCAAGCUUGCAUCGCGGACUGCGCAGACAACCCGCAGGUCCAGCAGGGACUUGGUGUUCAAAUACAAACCUUCGCGAGCAUGUGUCCAAAAGGACCAGGACAGCCGAAGAUGUGCCUGGAGGGCAUGACAUGUAUGCAAGAGAUCAAUACUGCGAUGGGUGGGACUGAUAUUCCCAGUGCCUCUUUCUUGUGCAGAUCGAUUGAAAAGUUGUUUAACUGUCUGGGGAAAAUAAAAAACCCUGACUGUGGAGGGGAGGAAAACGGUGUCACAUUUAUGGACAUUAAAGACGAUUUCCUCGAGAUUUGCAAAGAUGGUUUAUCUAGAGCAGAUUCCCUGACCAAUUGUAAGGAUUACAACAUGUGUGUUGUGAAGAACAACCCAGGUAUGGUCAAUGGCAGCGACCCGAUGAAAGUUUUCGCUGACAUUGGGCGAACUUCGUUCUGGUGCACGUACCUGGUCCACUCGCUCAGCUGCGCCUCCUCCAGUGCGGACUCCUGCUCGCUUUCCAAAGACCUGAAGGGGAAACUCGUUAUGCACGAGAGGAACUUCCGAGAAACGUGUGGCAUGCAAUUGCAAGAGACAAAGUAUUCAACACCUACACUGCCUCAUACCGACACAAGCCCAGGGACCAUCACGAGUGGACAAAGGAAAGAGACAGGCGCGGCACCACGUCUAGGAGUAUCCUCCAUGUUGACGACGCUGAUGGUGAUGGCUGUGCUGCUGUGGUUGAAGGUGUGAGCUGCCUCCGUCUUGCAUGUGUCUGAGUGAGUGCCAGAGUACCCACAGGUUUCCAUGACAGCGAGGGCCCAACGACUAAAGCUCAAGAUGAAACCCGAUGGCGUACGACGUUCAAACCUGAUGCAUGUAGCGGAAAUCUCUCCAACUUGCGAAUUUCUUUAAUAGUUGUGAAAUUUUUGUUUUAUUUUUGCUGCUGAAUGUGUUCCUUUUUGUGGGUUUUGAAAACAUUUGAUACGCGUUUUUCUCAAUCACACUGUGUUUUAUAUUCAAUGUCUUAUACUGUUUUUUUAGUGACACGCAUUGCCUUUUGUGUACGGAAUUUUUACCUCCAGCAGCAAUUAUUAUGCAAUAUUUUGAAGCAAUAUUGUUUGAAGAUUUGUCUAUUUUUUUCACAAGAAAAGUGUAAUCAGCUGCUAUUGUCUGCAAUUUAUUUAAACUGACUGUGUACUGAGAACAAAUGUAGUAAGAAAUCUGCUGAGCUGGUCUUUGAAAGGGACAUACAUUGUCCAUAACGCUUCUGAAAAAGGGUGUGUACAAGUGACAUUUUGUUGUAAAUAUUCGUAUGUAUCUUUAUUUUUUUUCUUCAUUCUCUCUCUUUCUCUGUCAGCGCUUUCACUGCCAUUAACUUCAAUGUUUCUACCUUCCCUCCGUUCAUUACAGUUUCUAGAAAUUUACAAAUUUUUUUCCGAGACUUUCGCUAGUGUUCAAAACAUAUUUUUUUUGUGCAUUUAUGUUAUUUGCUUGUGUGGAAGAUUGUACUGUCAUGCAGAGAAUUUGUGAUUAUUAUUAUGAAGUGACAAGUUUAUUGUACAAAGGCGCAAGAAUGCCUUUCAGGAGGGAGUGAAGAGGAGACAAUGGUAUCAAUGGUAUCAGAUUGGACAGCUAAGUUCUAGGAUACAUGGCCCCUUUAGGGUCUUCUGAAGUUUGUUACACAACCCUUAGGCGCCUCUCGCCAAGGUUGUCAGAGCUACAUCUGCAGUGGACAUCUUGACCUGUGCCACACAUCGUUUAUGUCCUCAGAAGCUCUGGAGGGCUGUCAUUCAAUGUCACCAGAGGGCCUGUAGAGUUAUGUCACUGGGUGUCAUCCCGAGCACUGGGUGUGAGACUGUGUGGCGAUGCUUCCUCAGUUCCUCCACAGCUUUUGUAUACACAUUGUGCUGUUCAUCCAGCAUCUCUAACGUCCAUAGCUCAACUGUGACAAGGGGACUAACAAAUAUUUUUAAAAAACCCGCUCCCCCCCCCCUUUUUUUUAAGACAGAACGCAUGUUGCUGACGAGUUCAUCGAGAUUUUAAUUAAUCAGGUAACAGAGAAAUGAAGCGAUGUGAACCCAUAUCAAGAUUUUCGAGGCUUGCAAUGACGACCGUAUAGAGAAAAGAUCAGGUCGGUAAAAGACGAGGCAGGUCAUGAAAGAAACGAACAGACGACAUCAACAGUUGAAGUGACUAACGCUCCGUACACUCCAGAGAAAUGUAGAGAACAGAGAAACCUGCUGGCUGUAUCGCAGGUGUCUUCUAACGGACAAGAAGGAAAUGUUGUUGAUGAUUUUGUGAAUGAAGAUAAUGACGAUGAGGAGGUGAAUAAUUGAUGAUGAGCUCCACGUGCGACCUGUCUGACCUCAGAAGCACGUGGUCACAAGCUGCGACACAUUCCACGCCAAACUGUCUCAGGGCAACUGUCGCUGUCACCAAUCGGCGCUCCGCCUGUUACCUGUCAUUACCUGUCAGCUCCACCUGUUACCUGUCAGCUCCACCUGUUACCUGUCAGCUACGCCUGUUACCUGUCACCUCCACCUGUUACUUGUCAGCUCCACCUGUUACCUGUCACCUCCACCUGUUACCUGUCAGGUCCGCCAGUCCUGUGUCCUGCUCAUACAGUGCAUCUGAGUGAUUUUGUCUUUUUGAUCAGAGGCAGCGCGAAGUCGUUGCCUGUAAAAACUUUGUUAUCCCAUUUUGUAUCAUUUACUAUCAACUGUUGUUAAUUUUAUUAUCAAUUUUUAUAUAGACUUAAUUCAAAUCGAUGAUUUAAUAAAUAUUAUGCUUAAACUGC